UCCAAAUUGUCCGGGACGACCCGAACCUACUGAACCCGCAUUGACGCAACGUCACUGGAUCCUCUCUCUCGUAAUCUGCGUCUGCUUCUUCUACUCGCGUAAUAAAAUCAACUCCCUAACAUAUGGCAGCUCCAUCGUCGUCGUCACCGUCAACGAAGUCGAAGGGAUGGAUAAGCAAUCUCUCAUCGAUAGCAUCUUGCAUAUAUUUUAUGCUCAUCAUUCUACAGAUCCCUCUUUUCAGGAUUCCAUGCAGAGCUGGCAUGUGUUCGACUCCAAUCCAUGUUACAUCUUCCCAAUUGAUUGCAAGUGAGAUCUUCCCUGUUCCGGUUGUGAAAGCACUACUCUACCCAGGAGCCAUUGCAAACGGCAUUGUCACAAACAUUACUAUUCCGAGAUGGGAAGAUCUGUUAAACAUCUAUAACUUGACUACUGUGAAGGAAGCCUCGGCUGUAACUGAUCUCCAACGCUUGGAGGUCCUUGCAGGAAGCUACUUUUCCGUGGCAGGAGCCCUUCUCGGGGUUCUAAAACCUGGUAGGAUGAGCAUGUUUGGGACACUACUAAUAGUUUGGGGUCUUGUCAAGGAAGGAAUCCUGGGAAAGCCAGUAAAUACAGAUCCUGCAAGGGCUGUCUACGUCUACCCAACAAUGCUGAUUGCCUUGAUCUGUGCCUUUUCAUCUGUCAAGUAUGACUUGAAGAAACUUACGAACAAGCCCCCUCUUCGACCUGUUGCAAAGCCUCUGCAGAGCUCAUCAAAACCUAAGUUGAAAUGAUGAAAACCAAACCCAAAUUUUGUUCUUCUUUUGUUUUGUGGUUGAGUUGUAAUGUAUUGGCUGUCAUUGGAAAAAUAGAUGUUGUGGGUUCAUUUCUGUUGUGAUGAUUUGUGUCAGAUCUUACAAGAACUAGACAAUGACAAUAACUUCACUGAAUAGACUAAUAUGGGUUUCCCCCAAACUGGCAUAAA